CCGCCGCUGCCCCGCCGUGCCCCGACCACCCGACCGAGAUGGCGCGGGCGGUCUCGGGAGGAGGCGCCGCCGCCGCGCUCGCCUCGACCCUCCUCCUCGUCCUCCUCUCCGGCGCGGUCCACGGGUCCUCCUCCGCCUCGGCCGCCCUCCGCCGCGCCGUGCCGCGCGACGCCGACGCCGCCGACGUCGGGCUCUGCGAGCAGCUGCUCCUGCCGCUGGGCUACCCGUGCACCGAGCACACCGUUGAAACAAGCGAUGGCUUUCUAAUAUCUCUUCAGCAUAUUCCGCAUGGCAAAAACGGAGUUGCUGACAAUACUGGACCUCCGGUUUUUCUUCAGCACGGACUUUUUCAGGGAGGAGACACAUGGUUCAUAAAUUCUGCUGAACAGUCGCUUGGAUAUAUCCUUGCUGAUAAUGGCUUUGAUGUUUGGAUUGGCAAUGUUCGUGGAACACGCUGGAGUAAAGGCCAUUCAACUUUGACUGUUCAUGAUAAGCUUUUCUGGGAUUGGAGCUGGCAAGAGCUUGCUGAAUAUGAUCUUCUGGCGAUGUUAAGCUAUGUGUAUACAGUUAGACAGUCCAAAAUUUUGUACGUGGGACAUUCACAGGGAACUAUUAUGGGUUUGGCUGCUUUUACAUUGCCUGAAAUUGCAAAGAUGAUUAGCUCUGCUGCACUUCUUUGUCCAAUUACUUACCUUGAUCAUGUUAGUGCUCGUUUUGUUGUCAGAGCAGUUGCCAUGCAUCUUGACCAGAUGCUAGUUACCAUGGGCAUCCAUCAGCUGAACUUCCGGAGCGAUAUGGGGGUUCAGAUAGUAGAUUCGUUAUGCGAUGAUGGACAUGUGGACUGCAACGAUUUGUUGUCUUCGAUAACAGGGGAAAAUUGUUGCUUCAAUGGAUCAAGGGUUGACUAUUACUUGGAAUACGAACCUCAUCCAUCAUCAACCAAAAACUUACGUCAUCUAUUUGAGAUGAUCAGGAAGGGCACUUUCGCAAGGUAUGACUACGGACUGUUGGGAAAUCUGAUGCGCUAUGGUCGGCUGGCCCCUCCUCCGUUUGACCUAAGCAGCAUACCGGAAUCACUGCGAAUGUGGAUGGGAUAUGGUGGUCUCGAUGCACUGGCUGAUGUAACGGAUGUCGAGCGUACUGUCAAGGAGCUGAGGACUACUCCGGAGCUGUUGUACAUUGGUGACUACGGCCACAUCGACUUUGUCAUGAGCGUGAAGGCGAAAGAUGAUGUUUACGUCGACCUGAUGAGGUUUCUUAGGGCAAAUGGAUCGUUGCACAGUAGCUAUUAGGACUUGUCGUGCACGCCUGUGUGUAAUACGUCUGUACAGUGGUGGUCUGUUCUUUCUUAUUCUUU